UCUCAAGUGUUCUCCCGAAACUUUUUUCUCCAGAAGAGUAAAAAUAAUCACAGUGGACACUUCUGAAGAAGCCACACUGAGAUAAUCUGGACUUCCAGGAUAAAAACAUGAGGAGAAAAGAUCCACAUUCCCCAUAAUCUGUUAGUGGGGUUAAUUUAUACACCACAAAUGGAGGUUUCCUGUGUCAUUUUCAGUUGAGUUUAUGGAAUUCAGCCUGUGGUGAAAACGCUUCAAGUCACAGCAUGUAAGAGACAUCGUUCCCACAGAUUGGCUUCUAUUGAUAGACAUUGCCCAUUAUUACAUUGUGGCCAAACUCCGGACUCAGUUGAGAACAUCCAUCCUGGCCAUGUAUAAGGACAUUAUGACUACCACAAUGAUAACCAAACUUGAUGAAAAUGGAACCCUCUCUGCAUUUCUCAGGCAAGCUAAGGCAUGCCAUGUGGAUUCUGAGUUUCGAUAUCUACUGUUUACUGUCUACUACAGCAUCAUUUUCAUUCUGGGUUUUGUAGCUAACGUCUACGUGCUAUGGCUUUUCAGUCGGCUUUAUGCUACGAAGAAAUUAAAUGAAAUAAAAAUAUUCAUAGUCAACUUAACAACUGCUGACUUACUUUUCCUGGUUACAUUGCCAAUGUGGAUUGUUUAUUACAACAACAAAGGGAACUGGAUCAUGCCCAGCUUUCUGUGUAAUAUAGCUGGCUACUUAUUUUUCGUCAAUACAUACUGCUCUGUGGCAUUCCUGGGAGUCAUAACAUACAAUCGUUACCAAGCUGUCACGAGCCCCAUUUCAACGGUUCAGUCCAGCACACGAAGAAGAGGAAUUUAUGUUACAUUGGCUAUCUGGGUCCUAAUCGGUGUUCCUUCCAUCUACUUUUUAGUUGAUGAUGGCACAACCGCUGAGGGAGAUCUGACUCGCUGUUUUGAGCGCUAUGACACCACCAGUAAUACAACUCCUGUUUUUGCCUUCCAUGUGAUCAUUUGCAUUUGUUUCUUCAUUGCUUUCCUGCUUGUCUUGGUAUGCAAUGCUUCCAUUAUCCGUACGUUGCUUUCAAAACCAGCGCAAACGCGGAGGAGUGCCCAUGUCAGGCAACGGGCUCUUUGGUUAGUGACUACAGUUUUGAUUGUCUUCAUUCUCUGUUUUGUGCCUCACCACUUGGUGGAUCUACCCUGGACUUUGAUGGUUCUGAACAUGUGGGACAUAAGCUGCCAAAAGCAAAAACUAUUAAAUGAUAUGCACCAGGUUACCCUGGUUCUUCUGGGUGCCAACUGUGUCUUGGAUCCUAUCAUUUAUUGUUUUCUCACAAAAAAAUUCAGGAAACAUCUUUCUGAAAAUUUGAAAAAUAUAAAAGACAGUCGAAAGUGUUCCAGGCAAACAACUGAGACUGGAACGGAAGGGAUGGUACAAUUAGAUGAUUGUUUUCCUGCAUCCCCCAAACCUUAAAAUUAGUUUGAAUGCAACACGGAGGAAGGUACUUCUGUAACAACAAAAAAAACACAACCCUGCCAAAGAACAUACAUUUGGUUAUAUUAUAAUUUGCAUGUGUUAAAGGACAAAUGUAUGCUGUAUACAAAUUAGAAAAUACAAUGUCUCUUACAGAGAGCAAAGAUUAUAAUAGACUUUGUGUGUCUAUUUGAUUUGCUGCCCAGAUGCUAACUAAAAGAUGGCCAGCUGCUGAGGCCUACUUUUCAUUCUUAAGGAAACAGAUUGAACAUCUACACUAAGAGACCUUCUGAUUGGAAAUUGUAAAGUGGAAUGAACUGAUAAGUUUCUUACAGAAGACCAACAUUUACUUAUCAGCAUCAAGUAAAAGUUAAUGACUAGCAAGACUUUCUUGGCAAUUUAGGACUGCAACUGUUGUCUAAAAACAACAAGAACUGGAGGCCAUGUAACACAAAUGCAAGAUCCCUGAAAGGAGAUGACAUAUCUCAAAUGAGAUGACUUUGGUAUUUGGGAAAGAAUUUGUGAAUCUCUUAUUUGAAAGAUGGAUAAUACAUUGUUGCAGUUGUGAUGUAAUAUGUAUUUGAUAAUCAGUAUUCUUUUUAUUUUCAUUCUGAGCUUCUUCUAAACUCUUGGGCAUCAUUUGGCACAUAUUAGAUCUUCCUUGGGAAGUGCCAAUACCUAGGACAGGGCUAUACAUUCUUUUCCAUCAUACAUUCCCUUCUCAUGGAUAUACUCUUGCUCUUGCUUUUUUGCCAUUCCUUCAUAUCAAGAAAGGCUGAGAGAUACAAGCCAAAACUUAUAAAUGUACAACUUAACACUUAUGGGUUAGUGAAGAAUCCAUAUGCAAAUUUAGAAGUUGAGACAGGAAACAAGACCUAUCCUGAAACAAGCCUGGAAUAUGAGAGUAGCAUUACCUCUAGGUCCCUCAAAAAUGAAUUCUCAUUCUUUUCUUUGCAAUCGUAUCUGUUAAAAUAAAAACUACAUUACAAAUUUAGAUGACUUCCGGCAUAUUAUACCCAUUUCAAUGUAUUUUCCUUCUCCACAUCUAACCUUUCACAAUUUGACAAGCACACAUAUGAGACAGGAGCCUCUUCUACACAUGAAGGUUGUUCUUGAUUUAGAAUGCUGAAUAUGAUAAGGAAUGUUUGGCUUUCUUAGGAGACCCAACUGUUGCCUAAUAUUUCAUUUCUAUCCGUUACUUUGUAAUAGACUAACCUUACAAUGUUAAAAAUAUGAAUAGUAAUGAUUGUUUUAUUAAAUCUCUGAAUUAGUAGACAUGUGCUUUUAUAAUGUUGUGCAAUGAAGGACUAUGGAUCACUAAUGAAAAAGUGAUGAUGAAGAAUGUUACUGUCCAUUUUUUAAAAGAUAAAAAUAUAUCAGUAUCUCAAUUAUUGUAUAGAAGACUAUAAAAGACAACCAUAACCUAGUAAUUGGUCCGGGAAGGGGAAAAAGAUUGAAAUGUAUAGCUGGUAACACUUUUAUUAGAACCACAAUGUCCGAAAAGAUUAUCCAAGAUUUGAAGCUCACCAGGCUUCCAACUUUACUAUAAUUUUGGGUCUCUGUCCUGGAAAAGACAGAUACUUUGAGUGAGGAUGAAUUCUCCAAACUUUGUCCUCUAGAAACGUAACCAAUGUUUUGGUUUAUGGUUCUGUUUUCUUAAUGGAUAUCAGUGUGGAAAAAAAGAACAUAUGCCUUCAGGACAGAGUUCUCAUGCUUUCACUGAGAGUCAAGAACAAAAGCCUUUUGGAUCAUACCUCUGGCAGAAAAUUGGCUGAAUAGGUGACCAGAGUUAUGGGCAGAGGGAGGAUAGCAGUUGUUUACACUCAGCAGCUGUAGAUGACCAGGCUGAGCCCCAGGGAGGGUUCAAACGCAUCAUCAGUCUCUUAGCGCCCAUAAGAGAUCUAAGUCCAGCCCACCUUGACUUCCUUAUUUACCACCAAAUUACUUUAACUGUUAGUUCAAAUUCUUGUAGACAGCUUAAGCUUGCAAUAAAUUUUU